CAAGUAACUUCCGGUUUCUUUCCGGGUUAUAACGAAGUCUAAACAGCGCUAUAAUCGGAUUAAUUCCAACCCCAGGAAACCAACUCAAUUCUACUGUCCAGUCUUUGAGCCAUGGUGAUGUGACCUUUGACCUGCAGCUUCUACCAAGUCCGGACAAGUCGGACAGACCACACCAGAACUGGCUUGUCACUUCAACCACUAUGCUCAAGAACUAUUGUGGUGACCUUGUGGUGAUCCUGUUGCCAUGCCUUCUGACCUUCACCCACACUUCAACACAGCCAAUCAGCUGCUCGCCUUCUGAUCAUGUGACAUUCAGUUUACCAAUCAAAUUGCAGCAAGUCAGUGACCCUGUGCCGGCCAAGUUCAGCUUGAAUAGGAGAUGUGUGGCUUUCAGAGAAACUGCCAUACAUUUCUGAGGACGACAUGACCAUUGCUCCAGGAGAUACAGUGUAUGGCAGACUAGAUGUGAGCCCCAUACAGUUGUUGGAUCAGAACGUCUAUCUGUACAUAGAGAAGGUGUUUGUGUGUGCUGGGCAGGAAGGUUACAUUCCACUAUACAAUCCGGAUAUAGGUGGAUGUGUGGGAAACCCAGAACAACUGGACACUGUCAUCAGAAUACUGGACAUAACGGACCCCUCCUCAGUUAACACCACAUUCCAAGGGUUCCCUCUAUCUGCUAUGAUGUCCCAGGAUGACACAGAAUUCACUGAAGUCUUCAACAUUCCAGGGGCAGAUGGAUUCUCAUUUGAUUCCUCACCACUUUUUAAGGAAGGCUGAGGGUGAAAAACUGUGGUUUUUUCUAGACCAUAUAAAGAGAUCCCUCGACGACAUUGCAGGGGUUGGGAAUGGUGAAAAGGGCACAAAUAUGGCCCUUUUAAUUCUCAACUUCAAUGGAAAGUCUUUGACAGAAGACCAAUACAAGCCUGGCAAAAGAACUGAAAACAGUGAAAGCCAGAUGCCACUUCUUGGCAAGUGAUUGCUGCCCUGAUUGGGGCAAGUGUUCUACUGCUGAUUGGUAUUUUUUGUGCUUGUGAUAUUUAUACGACACCAACAUAAGCAGACGUCUCUGCCGCCAACUCCGUCAGGAACCAUAACUGUGAUGUCAACUUCUCCUGGACAUACAAAAGUCAUAUCAAAUGUUCAUGUCUUCAACCAGUCACUCCCAUACCAUUCUGAAGUCUGACUGUGACAUUGUGCUUUUGAAAUUUUCACAUUUUUUUAAUUGAGAAAUCUAAAAUUUAAGUUGUCUUGUUUGGUUUGAAAAUAAAACGGUACAUGGUGAUUAAAUGUUAAAUAUUUUCUCACAGAAACAUAUUUGCGUCAUUACAUUUAUAGAAAAUUCUGUUAUGUUUACUGGAAUUCCAAAUUCUUGUCCUGCAUUCAUUUUAUUUGCUGCAUCUCAUUCUCUGAGUCAACACAAUAAGCAUAAAAAUAUUUGUAGAGGAAUUAUACUCUUCCAAAUAAAAUCCAUUUUGUGCCAAAACUUCAGUUAAUAUAAAUAUUAUAGUGAAAUUUGAGAUUAUGACUUGUCAUAUAUUUCAUUUUUCUUCAUCAUCAGAGCACAUAGCAUCAGCCUAUUGUUAUGAAGUUUAUUAUAUUAUCUCUUUAAAAUAAUACAUACUGAUGUAACAUGAUUAUGUGCAAUAAUUUGUCUAUAUUUCCUUUGUGUGUUUGCAUUAUAGCUGUACAGUGAUUCUUUAAUUCAUGGUCAGUUUAAUGACAUUUUAUGUUUGAAAAUGACCCUACGCUUGUUUUGAUAUGGCCAUAUUAAUUGCUUCAGUUUAUCCAAUGAAUGAUGGAUGGAUAAUGUGUCCAAGAGGAGCAAUAAGUUAGGAUUUUGGAAAAAAAUGUGCGAAAUUCAAGACAUACAAGGUCAGGGCUAUUCCAGUAAAGCUAUAACCCACCGGGGGAAAGGCUAUUAUUUGAAAAGUAUAUGGGUGGGUGUCUUUUUUCGCUAAUUUGGAUCCCAAAAGGGUAAACUUGCUUCUGUAGGGGGAUGGUAUAUUUUAAAAGUACAUCCCCCCGGGGGGGGGGGGGUAUAUGUUUAAAUGGAAUAGCCCUCAUGUAGGAUAUUAUCUGAUUCAAAUAUUUGAUAGUAUACAAUGUAUGUGUUUUAAUUAUAUAAGCAAAAUCAUAAUAAUUAUUGAAGUUGAAUGUUUUGAAGGAUCUUUCAAUAUUAUGGUCUGGUAAACCCUGUACUUAUUUAGUUGAAUAGUUUUUUACGCUACAAAUUGCAUCCAUUGUUGUAUUGUUGAUUUCUAACUUGAACAAUAUGUCAACUUUUCCUUGUUUUUGGGUAAAAAAUCAUUGUGAAAAGGUAUUGCAAGAUUAUGCAAACAUUGUACAAGAUUUGUGUUGUUUUUAUCAGUAUAUAUGCAACAUGACAUGUUAUCAUCCGUGUUGUCAACAACAUGUUAUCAUCUGUUUUGUCAACAUAACAUGUUAUCAUCUAUGUUAUCAACAUGACAUGUUAUCAUCUGUGUUGUCAACAAUUGUCAACAUAACAUGUUAUUAUCUGUGUUGUCAACAAUUGUCAACAUGACAUGUUAUCAUAUGUGUUGUCAACAUGACAUGUUAUCAUCUGUGUUGUCAACAUGACAUGUUAUCAUCUGUGUUGUCAACAUGACAUGUUAUCAUCUGUGUUGUCAACAUGACAUGUUAUCAUCUGUGUUGUCAACAUGACAUGUUAUCAUCUGUUUUGUCAAAAUGACAUGUUAUCAUCUGUGUUGUCAACAUGACAUGUUAUCAUCUGUGUUAUGAACAUGACAUGUUAUUAUCUGUGUUAUGAACAUGACAUGUUAUCAUCUCUGUUGUCAACAUGACAUGUUAUCAUAUGUGUUGUCAACAUAACAUGUUAUCAUCUGUGUUAUGAACAUGACAUGUUAUCAUCUGUGUUGUCAACAUGACAUGUUAUCAUCUGUGUUGUCAACAUGACAUGUUAUCAUCUGUGUUAUGAACAUGACAUGUUAUUAUCUGUGUUAUGAACAUGACAUGUUAUCAUCUGUGUUGUCAACAUGACAUGUUAUCAUCUGUGUUGUCAACAUGAUAUUAUAAUCAGACAAUUGUUAUUUAUACUUAGAUAUGAAGCUUUAUCCUGCAAUGUUUGUAUAAAUAUUUUGACACCAAUAUGCAAUAAUUUUGAACUAUACUUUUAUUAUACAUAUAUUAUAUACAUUAUAUGUCUAUCAAUGUUUGUAUAUAUCAUGAAUAUCUCCAGCCAUGGGGGAAAUAAAGAUGUCGAGUUGAGUUGAGUUGAGUUGACCUGAAAUAAUAUACUCCUGUGAUAAUAUGUGGUAACAUAUAUGUAUACUGACUAUUGAGAUAUUCCAUGCAUUAUAACAUGUGCAUUUUGCAUUACAGAAAUAAAAUCAUAAAAAAGAA